AUGGGUGCCUGCAGCUCGUCGUGCUGUGGAGGCAGGUCUCGCGAUGGACUGUAUGAACCAGUCUUGGCCGAAAGCGAAAGAGAGGCCGUUGCAGACCUACUUCAAUAUCUGGAGAAUCGUGGCGAGACCGACUUCUUCUCUGGCGAACCCUUACGAGCUUUAAGCACCCUAGUCUUUUCCGAUAAUGUCGACCUGCAGCGCAGCGCAAGUUUGACAUUCGCCGAGAUUACAGAACGAGAUGUCCGCGAAGUCGGCCGAGAUACGCUUGAGCCAAUUCUAUUUUUGUUACAAAGCGCGGAUAUCGAGGUUCAGCGGGCAGCUAGCGCGGCGUUGGGAAACCUUGCUGUUAAUACCGAAAAUAAAGUGGCUAUUGUUCUCCUGGGGGGUCUUACCCCCCUUAUCCGCCAAAUGAUGUCGCCCAAUGUUGAAGUACAAUGCAAUGCGGUUGGUUGCAUCACAAACCUGGCAACGCACGAGGACAACAAAGCCAAAAUAGCCAGAUCGGGAGCGCUGGGCCCUCUUACACGCCUGGCAAAAUCGAAGGACAUGCGGGUACAAAGAAAUGCAACUGGAGCUCUUUUAAAUAUGACACAUUCUGAUGAAAACCGGCAACAGCUUGUGAAUGCCGGCGCAAUCCCGGUCCUCGUACAACUUCUGUCUUCCUCGGAUGUCGAUGUCCAAUACUAUUGCACGACUGCUUUGAGCAACAUCGCCGUCGAUGCCAGCAACAGGAAGAAGCUCGCUCAAAGCGAAACCAGGCUCAUCCAGUCCUUAGUUAACCUCAUGGACUCGUCAUCUCCAAAGGUUCAGUGCCAGGCGGCGUUGGCUCUACGUAACCUUGCCUCCGACGAGAAGUACCAGCUUGAGAUCGUCCGCGCACGUGGAUUAGCCCCUUUGCUCCGACUUCUACAGUCCUCAUACCUACCUCUUAUUCUAUCUGCCGUCGCUUGUAUACGUAAUAUCUCUAUCCAUCCCCUGAACGAAUCGCCUAUUAUCGACGCCGGCUUUUUAAAGCCCUUGGUGGACCUGCUAGGAUCAACAGAUAACGAAGAGAUACAAUGUCACGCUAUCUCGACGCUCCGGAAUUUAGCUGCCAGUUCCGAUCGCAACAAAGCCUUGGUCUUGGAGGCCGGUGCUGUCCAGAAAUGUAAACAGCUAGUCCUCGACGUUCCAUUGAGCGUGCAGUCGGAAAUGACGGCAGCCAUUGCAGUUUUGGCUCUGAGUGACGACCUCAAGACUCAUCUAUUGAACUUGGGUGUUUUUGAUGUACUCAUUCCCCUAACCGACUCUCAAAGCAUCGAAGUGCAAGGUAAUAGUGCUGCGGCUCUUGGGAAUUUGUCUUCAAAAGUCGGCGACUACUCCAUAUUCAUCCAAGACUGGACAGAGCCUAAUGGAGGCAUCCAUGGAUACCUCAAGCGUUUCCUUGCAAGCGGAGAUGCGACGUUUCAACAUAUCGCAAUCUGGACCCUUCUUCAAUUAUUGGAAUCCGAGGAUAAGAAAUUGAUUAGCCUCAUUGGGAAGUCAGAGGAGAUUGUUCAAAUGAUCAAAACGAUUGCCGACACACAAAUCGAGUCCGAUGAUGAGGGCGAAGAGGAUGGUGAAGGAGAGGUCGUUCAGCUUGCUCAACGAUCCCUGCAGCUCUUAGGGCAAGGUAGCAAGACCUCACAUAUUGAAGGUUGA